AUGACUGCGGAACUGAGAAUUGAGCCUGAUGAACUGAAAACGGUCGCUGCUGAACUGAAACCGCUUGCUAAGGAGCUGCAAGAGAUGGCUAAGAAACUGAAAACGGUAAUUGGGAACCAUACAACUACGACUGACGCAUUGCAACCGGUUGUUGGAAAUCUUGAAAGGCUCUCUGUGGAAAUGAAACCGGCGGAUGGGAAUCGGACAACUGAGGCUGAUGAACCGAUAACGGUUAUUAGAUAG